AUGCAAGUUGCUUCCCCCAAGAAGCUGCCGUUAUUGUCGUACGAUAUGGAUAUCAAAAAGGUUUCCGAGAGUUUUAUGGCAUGCAAAAAGGAAGAUGACGUCUUGCUACGGCCAUUUUGCGAUGCCUAUACGGAAGUGGCCAAGUUACUAGCUUAUUUUGGAAAACUGUUUUACUUCGUUACGCGAGACGUAGAGCAUAAGCUGGGGAUUUUGUAUGAACACCACAAUCGUGAGCCACAAAAGUACCGAAGCAUUCGGAAUAUGACAGCAUAUGAGGCCAGUCGAGGAAUCACGGGUGAUGCACACAGCGGAAAGCUUAACGGGAGUCGGACUCUGCUUCGAUUAAACAGAGCUUUGAUAUUCGUUAUUGAAUUGAUGGAAGCUUUGUGCACUGCUACCGAAGACGAGUCUCUCCGAUCAAUGACCAAAGCGAUCUACGACACGCGCCUUGCACCAUUUCAUCCAUGGCCUGUUCGAAAGGCGGUUAGUGUGGCCGUAUACGCACUGCCUACUCGGGAACAGCUAGUCAGUCAUAUAUGUGAAAAUCAACCUGUGGAAAACAACCUUAAUACCAGGGAGGCAUGCCGUGAUGCCAUACUGCAAGACGCACUGCCGGCAAUGCGAGCCGUGUAUGAUAUCAACACAAAGUGCCUCGAAUCGCGUAACAUGCUGCAUUUGCCAUGACUCGUUCAGUUUUGACUAUCAGAUCCAACUGUGAUUAUUCUUCGUUAUUCUUGGUAACCGAAAACCAUUGAUGUGCCCAGUGACUUCUUUAUAUGGUUUGUUUUCUUCUUAUGCGCUCAACUUGUCGGGUUAUGCAGUCAUUUUUAUGCAACCCUUUUGUGUGUAUGAGAUUCUAUUAUCUUUCUGUUCACUGCUAACUUGUUUAUGGCCCUCCCGGUUCUGUUUUGCCUCCAAGGGUUUUUUUCUGAUACUUUGGUAGAAGAUGAUCUUGCUCCAUCUCAGUACUGACUUACUGUA